AUGCAUUUCAGUUGUCUUCCUACAGGUCUCAAUUGGAGAGCAUCAAUAAUUAGUAGUUUAUUAAUAGUUAAAUCUCAAGUGAAUAGUUCAACUAUAGAUUUCAAACAAGGAGAUACUAUCACAAUACCAAAGGAAACCGAUUCUAUUUUGUUUAUUGAUUAUAUACCAUUGAAGGAUGUAAUCGGUUUAAAGGAAUCAAAUGUGAGAUACAUUCAAUUUAUUUGUGAAUUCGAUGGUUCAAAGUUUGAAUCUCAAUAUCUUCCGAGUUCUAUGGACAAAUUGAGAUUGACCAGAGCAUCCAAUAUUGAGGUGGGUUCGAUUCCAUCGACUGUCAGAAUACUGGAGAUCAAUAAACACCAUAUCAAACCAGGAGUGUUACCAGAGUCAAUAAGAAACUUAAUUCUCACUGGAGAAACGCAAUUUUUUGCUGUACCAAACCCUGAUAUUGUGCCAGGUGUUGUUCCCUGUGGUACAGUUCAUCUGUGUCUCAAUCAGAGAGUGAUGCCUGAUGGUUUGAUUCCACCUAGUGUAAAGUCACUGGUUACCGUAAGCCUACAGAAUUUGCCAGCAACCAUUGAAUCAAUCGUUCUUGUCAGAAGAGAUCAAGUAAUGAGAAUCGAACCUGGACAACUGCCACCCGCUCUCACCAGUCUUGAUGCAUUGUCCAUGAAAUGCGAACUGGUUGUUGGUUCCUUUCCAAUUGGCUUGAUCAAGUUAAAGGUAGACUCUGACCAACUACUUCCUGGAAUCAUUCCGAGCACAGUUACCAAGUUAACAAUCAAAACCUACAAACCAUUGCUAGCCAAUGUAAUUCCAGAUUCGGUUACCAAUUUGACUUUGAACAACUAUGGUGUAUUCGAGCAUCCACUUACUUCCGAUAUAUUACCAUCGAGCUUGAAGAAGUUCAAGCUUAAAGGACAGCAAAGAAAUCACUUGUACGCGCUACCUAGAUUACCAUCAACACUGACACAUCUUACUUUGACUCUGUCAAUUCUCGGAGCACCUUUUACAGCUGAGAGUCUACCAGCGACUUGUCACACCCUGAAAACAAGCAAAGAUAAUUUCCUCCGCUUUUUCUCAGACAUGUCUAUCUUCCCAGAAACUCUUGGAGACAUCACAAUCAUCAGUCCAAACAACAAUUCUCUUGUAAGUGAAACACCCGAACAACUUAAGAUACGUCGUAUUUCAAAAUCAGACUAUCUUUUGAUUGGUGACAAGCUUAGUUCUGGAAUAGUUAAUAAUGAUUCUCUUCUCAAAUUAUUAUCGCGAGAUAAACAAACCUCGCAAAAUGUACAUCGUUCCUACUUGGAAUAA